GCAAUCAAAGCUGAAAUUGCUUCUGCUGGGUCAGGUGGUAAAAGAUGUUUCUCCCUCCCCCUGGCAACCCAGGCAGCACUUCCCUUAGGGGCUGAUGACUGAACUGGACACCUCCAACCCUGGACACCAAACUGCAAGUAGGGGGGCUGGGACGAGAGAAAUGGCCAGAGUGCGUUAGAAAAACUGAGUUUGGAACUAACUACUGCUAAGACACCUUGGGGCAGGGAGAAGCGUCUUACCUAAUACAGUCCAUUUAUUAACUGCUGGCUUUCCCAAGGUCAUUCUGUUGCCCCUCUUUCCUCUCUGCCCGCUGCCCCAUAAAGUUCUUUGUUUUAAACCCCUGAACUCUCCAUCCCACUCAAAGCUAUGCAGCAUCAGUUGGUCUCCUAGUAACAUGCCUGUUAUCUAUAACCACCUCAUCACACCUCUCCCUAAUAAACCAGUCACAUCCUAUUCCCUGAGCCUGUCAGUUUUCCCAUACUCCAUGCUUCCCUUUGAAUCUCGUGCCUUACAGUCUCUCUGGUCACACCUUGCUCGGCUACAGAUGCUAACUGCAUUUUAAUCUUCUGUGCUGAUUUGAGUUUGCAGGUGUCGCCUGUCAGCUGCUGAGAAUCAGGGUUCUGUGAUUCUGUGCAAUGUAGUACAAACGUGCUACAAUGAGGCCAGACUCUGUGUGGCGGGUGGUAGAGAAGGGGGAAAUCAUUAGUAAUCCGGCAUCUCUCUUAGUCCAAAGGCAGGUGCUGCUACACCUACAGCCCGGAGGCUAGCGGGUUGGUGGAGCAGUUACUGCAGGAGUUUAGAAAAGGUGGCUGGGUGUUGGGAAUAUAGGACUAGUGAUAUUUGAAGGCAAUUAACACCGAGGUGUGACAGGAAUUAUUUAGGGCAGCACAAGGGGGGGACAAGGGGACCAAUUAUGAGCCAUGGGGUUGAAACUAAGCAAGGGAAAAGAUCUGGACAAACUCCCUGACAGUGCCCCAAGGAAGCCCUAUCUCUUGAGAUUUCAAACCCAGACUGCACAACAGCCUGCAGGGAUCGAUCCUGCCCUGGUAGGGAGAGGGGAUGGGGUGAUCUUUUUCAGCUCUAAUUCCUCCAUUAAAUCAGAUGGAUGAACAUGGUGAAAAACUACAUUUCCCAGUCUCCCCUGCAGCCCUGGGGAUAUAAGCAAUUGGAAGAUUUAAAUAGACCAGGCCUGAAGCAACCAACCUUUGGCAUAUAGAAUUCCCCUCCUCUUCUCUGUAUCCAUUGGCUGUUUAACCUUUUUUCUGGUGUUGGACUGGCUGCCCAGCCUGGCAUUAAUUUUUCUUCCAAGCUUGCUAGGCCCAUGAAGUAAACAGCCAUGUGCAUUCCUUGCUCUAUAUUUAACAGCUGCAGUCUGUGCUGGGGGAGAUUGAACAAGAAGGGAAUCUGUGUCGCUUACCAAAUUCCUCUCUCUGAAGGGGGGAGGUGGGGAGAGCUGAUUGGAAGGGGAGAGGGAUUUCUCUCCUGUACAGUUUUUUGAAAGCAGGUUUCAUUUAGGGAGACUCCACAAUGCCAGCAUCCCAAAGCCGGGCCAGAGCCAGAGAGCGGAACAAUGUCCUGAACAGGGCUGAGUUCCUCUCGUUGAACCAGCCCAUGAAAGGGAACCAGGAGACCAGGAGCUCCAGCAGAAAGCAGGGCAGCCAGUCUGGUCUGGCUCCCAUCCAAAACGAGGGCACCAAGGAGCGACGGCAAUCGCAGCAGCUUCCCGAGGAGGACUGCAUGCAGCUGAACCCCUCCUUCAAGGGAAUUGCCUUCAACUCCCUGCUGGCCAUCGAUAUCUGCAUGUCCAAGAGGCUGGGGGUCUGUGCCAGCAGCGCCUCGUCCUGGGGCAGCGCCCGCUCCAUGAUCACACUCAUCGGGAUCACAGGGCAUGGCGUACCCUGGAUCGGGGGCACACUCAUCUGCCUGGUGAAGAGCAGCACGCUGGCGGGACAGGAGGUCCUCAUGAACCUGCUGCUAGCCUUACUCCUGGACGUCAUGAUUGUGGCAGGAUUGCAGAAGCUGGCCAAGCGACGAGGCCCAUAUGAUGUCCACCCCGGCCUCUUGGACUAUCUGACCAUGGACAUCUAUGCUUUCCCAGCUGGCCACGCCAGCCGAGCUGCCAUGGUGUCCAAAUUCUUCCUCAACCACCUGGUUUUGGCCAUCCCACUCCGGAUCCUGCUGGUCCUCUGGGCCUUCUGCGUGGGGCUUUCCCGCAUCAUGAUUGGACGGCACCAUAUCACAGAUGUCCUGUCCGGCUUUGUCUUUGGCUACUUGCAGUUCAGGCUGGUGGAGUUGUUGUGGAUGUCUUCCAACACGUGUCAGAUGAUAAUAUCAAUCUGGUGAACACAAGAAUCCCUGACGGAAACUAGCAGACACUUUAAGAUUCUCUCUCUCAUUUUUUUAAAUAUAAUUCUUCAUAUUUAUUGGGAAAAAAUUAACUUCCAUAAGUAGUAGUAGUCUUUUUACUGUUGCUCCCCUGCCUGAAAAAAAAUGUUUCUUGCAGAUGGUUAGGCUUUAACAAUCAAGGGCCAGCCAUCACAGUAAUUUGGCCACUUUUUAAAAUCCCAUUUGGAUGGUAACCAAACUAAGAUAACAAAAUUAGUUCUCUUUGGAUGGUGCACAUCUGAUGCCCAGGUGUGUUCUCAGAAAACCUGUUAUCCCUUUGGGAUGUGUUAAUUAGCUUCUUGGAGGCAAAACGUUUUGGGGCGAAGUUCUACAGCGCUUUUUCUGUCUGCAAGCCCAACGAUUGUGUCUUGUACAGGGCCGGGCACACUGCCGGCACCUCACAGAUAAUAAAUAAUCAUAAAAGUUC